UUAGCAGGAAAACGGCCACCAGCAAUGGAUUACCGAUUCCGCUGGGUGCGGGAUCGGCUCUGCAAAACCCUGGGCGUAUACGAGCCACGGUACAUCGAAACGGUACUGGCCGAGUUCUACGAUGAGCUGGUAGCGUUCUUCGAUGACGAAAUUUCCGACCAUCGGGAGGAUCACAAGAGGAUUUUUUUCGCCUGGCGGACCUUUUACGAUAAGCUGGUGGAAGAGGAGGUUAAAGCACUGGAACCGGUAACUCCAGCUCCCGUCCCCGAACCGGAGCAAACGCAAACGAAAAAAGGAAAAAAAGGCAAAGGCCUUGCCGAGGAUACUGACGAUACGGGCAAAAAGAAAGCCAAACCGAAGAAGCCCAAAAAAGACGCUGACCAUGGACCGGAGACAGCUCUGGGAGCGGGGGCUACCGGCGAUAACGAGCUUGUUGAAGUAACUAAAAUCGUUUCAACCUCCAUCAAGACGCCAAUCGUUCACGUUUGCUUUGGAUUUUUACCGGAGGACAAGCAUGACCCCGCCUUGCGCUACGUUUACGUUGCCCGCCGGUACGAUACCCCAAUUGAGACCUUCAGUGCCUACGACGACUGCUGCGCGGAGAUGCCCUCAUACAUCGUGGUGGGAUGCAUGACGGGGACCGUGAUCCACAACGCCAAACAACUGCUGGUGCGGAUGUACCAAACCGCGAUAGAUUUUCAAUUCCGGGAACCGAACGUCGAGCGCCGUAAGCCCGACAAGGAGGACAUAGACACGGAACGGGAGCGGUCGACAAGCCGUGCCAGCAUCGGCCUGAUUGACUACUCCAAGCCGUCGGAUUUCCGUAUGAAGGCUCUCCACGCGGAGAAAGCUGCCAGGCGGAUCACGGUGGAUGAUUCCCAGCAGGAACUUAGCGGCGGCCAGUCGCUGAGCGAGACCCCCAGCAGCGAAUCCAAUCUGACCCACACAAAAGUCUCCGAAACGACGGUGGAGAGCGAACCCACCGUGAAGGAAACUCUCUCGGACAAGUGGAACAAUCUGCUGCAGGAGGCAGGUGUGAAAAUCGAUGCCGAGCAGGAUAAACAGGGAGUCGCUCCCGCCAAAGCUGGGCCGAUGAAGGAAAAUCUGAACCAAAGCCUGGUCCGUUUCAUUGAUGUUCUGGACUGGACGAUUGAACACGUGCGGUACGAUUUUGGAAUGCCCACGCAGUACAACGCACCGGGCCAAGAAUACAUCACGGCCGACGAGGAUAAAUUUAAAAUCAAGGUUGAUAUCAAGAAGACCACCGUCGAGGAUCUGACCACCCAACAGCAGGAGGAAAUCGUCGAGGGCUGGUCGAUUUACAUCCGAAAGGUGCUGCGGGAAUCAAUGGAACGGGAGCCGGAGGAAUACACCCCAAUGGCGGAGUACAAUUUGUGGCUGGCGCGAGAGCUUGAAUACAACUCAAUUAUCGAGCAAUUAAAAUCACCGUUUGUUAUUCAGGUUUUCGACGCCCUGAAGGACAACGAAAGCGCUGUGAUGAUGGCCUGGCCAGCACUAUUCAAAAGCCUGAAGGAGGCACUUUUUCUCGCACGGGGAAACGUAGAACAUUUGGAAAUGCUGCAGAAGUAUCUUCUGAAAAUCAAACACGAGGAGGACUUCAACUUCAUCCAAUCCAUUAUCCCGAACGUAACGAUCAUACUGAGACACAUUUGGACCAUGUCGGACUACUACAGCAAGGACCGGAACAUGCUGAACCUGCUCGGCCAGAUAUCCUACGUGUUUGCGGAGAAAGUUAAAAUACUAAUUAAUGUUGAUACCAUUUUCAAACACUCCGCAACCCACAUCCACCGCUGCGCAACCAACUGUGCGGAGAUGCUACGUACCUGGAAAAGAUGCUACAUGGAGACGCGGGCCCAGAUCGAGAAGUCAGGCUACGGAUCCCGGUGGGAGUUCGAUCGGAACGAGUUGUUCCGCCAUGUUGACCACAUGACACGCAUCAGCCAGGAUACGGCUCACGUGGCCAAGGUAUUCAUCGAGUUCGAGAACAUGUUCGACCACCAUUUGAAGAGCACGAUCAGUGAUCCGGAUGAGGUGGAUAAUAUAUUGAAAAAGGUUUAUCGUCUCAUCAAUCACAUCAUUUCGGUGGACUAUGACAUCUUCGCGCCGAGCAACCUGGCCAAUUGGGAAGCGACAUUGGAGUACUUCUACAAGGGCGUAGAACAGGUGGAGCACGAAGCCCGGACGGCGCUUGACCAGUGCAUCACAUCCCUCAGAUCCGCCAACUUGGGCCUCGAGUUGAUCAAGAACCUGGACAAGAUGGAAACUCGGCCGGCAUUGGCAAACCAUUUGUCUUCCAAGUACGAAACUAUUAUGAAACAAUUGCUGGCGGAAGUUGAGGCGGUUGGGCACGAAUUCGAGAAAAACAAAAACAAACCACCUCUGCAGCGGAACGAGCCUGGCCGCGUCGGUGCGAUCUUCUGGGAGCGCUCGCUGCUCGCUUUCAUCCGGAAAUCCAUGACAGCUUUCCGCGAGUUUGAAAAUUCACAUCACAUGAAAGGAGCAGCGCCACCCGAUACGGAUCUAGGGGUGAAGAGUAAGGCUCUGGUUCCGAUGGGUGGUGGUGGCGAUGGAGCAGGACUUGACGGCCGACAGAAACGUUCCAUCGUUGCACAGUACAUGAAGCUGGUGGAAAGCAUCCGGGAUUACGAGAAAGAAAAGUUCCAGGAAUUUAUGGCCUACGGAACGCGAAUCGUGAACAGCAUCCUGAAACGCAACAUACUGAAGCUGGAAUUCUGCGAACCGAUCUUCGAGCUCGAGCAGGAGAAGCAAGUCGCCCGCUCGAAGAAGGCAGCACGAUCCAAAACUUCGCGACGGCCUUCAGUACUAAUGGCGGGAGCUGACAGUAGCAAAUAUGCGAACAUAGCAACCGCCGUGAGGUGGCUCGUCAAUCGACCGGAAUCGCAGAAUCCCGAGCUGACGCUAGCUCAAAAGUUGGUUGAAGCGUCCCGCAAUACCCCCUCGACGGUCGGCUCGUCCGCAACGACCAUCGGGAUGCGAACCCCGGCCGCAGAGUUUAAGAUGAAGCAGGCACAACUGAUGGUGUCAGCAGUUACCCAGAAGAAGCUUCCCACUUGGCGCGAGGUGAUUGGAGACUCGGUGCUCAUUGAAUACAAGCUAAAGUUCGCUGUAAAUUUUUCGUACGAAAUAUUCGAUGUCAUCAGCGAAGGUCAGCAGUUCGAGUGUAUGGGAUUCACGCUCAGCAAAGUCAUUAGGACCGCUAUUAUGAGAAAGGAGCAGCUGUUUACGGAUGUGGAACACGUAACCAAAAUGGUGAACGAUUAUAACGAUAUGGUACUCAGACUAGCGGCACCGGAGAUUCAUUUCUUGCGAGGCCACCUGUAUGAAGUCGAGACGAUUAUUCAAGCCGGCUUAGGCAGAUUUAAAUGGCAGUCGUUCAACAUAAAGGCAUACUGCGAGCGCUGCCAAGAGUGUAUGAAAAGUUUAUUCUCUUUGGUAGCCCAAAUUGGUCUCAUAAGUAGCGACAUAAAAUCACGAAUCGAUAAGCUGGAAUCGUUCGCGUUGUUCGAGUUUGACGUCGCUCCGGGCAAACAACCGAGAGAGAAAAGCACAGCCGGGGCGGCAGAAUUCAUCUUGAAAACUCCAAGCCAGUCAAAGGACGCCCACCAUUCCCAUCAUCACCACCAGCAUCAACCGGACGACGAACUGGCGACCGCUGAGACGAAGAAACCGAAGAAACCAAAGCGCGUCUCCAUCCGGGAGGGUCCCCCGGACGGCGGGGUAAAACCCUGUCAGGAGUACUUUCGGACGCUGGAGCUGGAGCGUAACAUGAAAACAACCAAGCUGGCGAAACUUUAUGAUUCAAUAGGACCCAUACUGAUUAAAUUAGAAAGUUUGGUGCUGGGUACAUUUACCGGCGAGUGUCGAGAGAUGAAGUACUAUUACAGUUACUGGGAGAAACAGAUCUUCUCCUGCUUCACCAGAUUCGCCACCAGAAACCUUGAGAGGUUUAUGUUUGAUCUGCAGCGGGAACACCCGCUGUUCGAGGUGGACGCCAUCCUAGCCGUGCCUGAGAUCCUUAUAAAGCCAACGGCUGCCGAAGUUUACGGCGUUGUGAUUAACUCGGUUACCGAAUUUUUGGAGCGAUUGAAGUGCUUCCGCCGCUGGAUGACCCAGACCUGCCUGCCCUGUCCGGACACCAAAAGCAACGAUGAAACCUUCCGCUUCACUUUUUUCGAAGAUGUUAUACAGAUUCCAAAAGUUUGCGAACUUGUUAUAAAGUUGCAACAAACUAUCCAGAAUCUAGUGGCCGAUGUUCUGGUGUAUUUAAAAUGCUGGCAGAAGUACAAAAACCUCUGGAUGUACGAGAAGAUGAGCGUAUGCGAAAAGUUUCUUUCCCAGAACCUGCCGCUGGUUCAGCUGGACGAGAAGUUCAUCUACUACACGCAGAUUGUGACCGACCUGGAGCGGCAGCGACCCUAUCACGACAUCAAAUCGAUACGGAUCAAUCUGCAGCCGCUAAUUAGGAGCAUUAUCGAUCACGCCGUCGAGUGGCGUAACACGCUGGGAAACAUCCUAGCCAACCGGACCCGGCGGCAGAUGAUAGCACUGAGCGAGCAUAUUCGGAAUCUACAUGUAGAACUGGAUCGAAACGUCAAGGAACUGACCCAUUUCAAGAGUGUCAUGCAGACUAUCAAUACCAUCCAGACGACCACCUUAACCGUUGAACUGAAAAUUCACGAGAUGCAGGAAAUUUACAACAUUUUGCAGGAUCAUCGGAUAAAGCUUCCGUUCGGGGACAUGCUGAUGGCGCACCAACUGGAGAAGCGAUGGCGAAAAUUAUUCAAUUCCGCGCUGUACCGCACAAAUACGCUGCAAUCAACGAAGACAAAGUUUGCCGAGAUGACGCAGAACGAGAUCAGUAUAUUUUGCUUUGAACUGAACAAAUUUAUCCAACGUUACAAGAGCGAAGGUCCUGGAACGGUGGGGUUGAACCUGGACCGGGGGCUAGAACUCAUGGAAACAUAUGGGAAGGAAAUCGAAGCAACGGAAAAACAACGUGUUGAGCUGGAGAACGCGGAAAAACUCUUCGACAUCCCAUUAACGGAUUACAAUGAGUUCUUGCAGUGCAAGGAGGAGUACGAUGCCAUGAAAGUGGUCUACAAGUUGUACCUCAAACAGAAGGUCGCCCGUGAGAAGUGGUCCAGAACACUGUGGGCUAACCUGAACCCUCAAGCUUUGCUGGAUGGAAUUGAUGCCUUUAUGAAGGAAUAUCGCAAGUUGCCCCGAUCUGUUCGCCAAACAGCGGUCGGUCAGGCACUGGACACCAAGAUGAAGCAGUUCAAAUCAUCGAUCCCACUGAUGCUGAGUCUCAAAGACGAGGCCCUCCGGGAGCGCCACUGGCAGAUGCUGAUGGACAAAACCGGACAGCACUUCGAUAUGUCACCCGAUCGGUUCACGCUCGAAAACAUGUUCGCCAUGGAGCUGCACAAAUAUCAGGAAAUCGCCGAAGAAAUCAUAAAUAAUGCCAUCAAGGAGCUGUCAAUCGAACGCGGCGUUCAGGAGGUGGCGGAAAUCUGGCAGCGAACAUCAUUUAAUGUCAUUCCUUACGGGAGCAGGAGCGAGGAACAAAGUGGAAGGUUCGUUCUUGGCGCUGUGGACGAGAUAAUGCAAACACUGGAGGAAAACUCGAUGAAUCUGCAAUCGAUGGCGGCAUCACAAUUUAUUGGCCCAUUCCUGCCGACGGUCCAACGCUGGGAGAAGCAUUUGACGCUCAUCUCCGAAAUCAUCGACGAGUGGCUUAGCGUCCAGCGGAAGUGGCUCUACCUGGAGGGUAUAUUUAUUGGCGGCGAUAUAAGUGCUCAAUUACCGGAAGAGGCGGAAAAAUUUAACAAGAUCGACGAGGAGUUUCAAGAGAUUAUGACCACCAGUGCCGCAAAUCCGCUUGUGGUGGACGUUUGUCUUGUGCCGGAUCGGCUCGAUGACUUCCUGCGGCUCGGAGCGGAGCUGGAUGCGUGUCAGAAGUCUUUGAACGAUUAUCUGGAGCAUAAGCGGAUGCUGUUUCCAAGGUUCUACUUCAUCUCCACGGAUGAGCUAUUAUCGAUCCUCGGCAGCGGUGAACCUACGUGCGUCCAGGAACACAUCAUCAAGAUGUUCGACAACAUAAAAUCUUUACGAUUCGCUAAAGACCGUUCCGAUACGCCAAUUGUCACCGCCAUGGUAUCCGCUGAAGGGGAAGUAAUGGAGUUCCAGCAGUAUGUCGUUGUAAGGGACCGCGUUGAAAGCUGGAUGACCGAUGUUCUGAACGAAAUGAGGACCACCAAUCGUUUCAUCACGAAGAAAGCCAUCUAUGACUAUGGGAAAGACCGGGAACGGGCAAGACCCGAUUGGAUCAUGCUCUACCAGGGAAUGGUAUGUCUGGCUGCCAACCAAGUCUGGUGGACCGCCGAGGUCGAAGAAGUGUUUUCCAAGGUCAAGAAAGGCAACAAACGAGCGAUGAAAGAAUAUCUUGAGGCCCAAAAUAGGCAGUUGGAUGAUCUGGUUGUGAAAGUACGAGCCGAUCUAUCGCCCAACGAUAGACUGAAGUUCAAAACCAUAGCAACAAUCGAUGUACACGCCCGAGAUAUUAUUGAGGGAUUUGUACGGGACAGUAUAUUGGACGCCCAAGAGUUUGGCUGGGAGAGUCAAUUAAGAUUCUACUGGCUCCGGGAAAUGGACAACCUGCUCGUGCUCCAGUGCACAGGGAAAUUCGAUUACGGUUACGAGUAUAUGGGUCUGAAUGGACGUCUUGUGAUUACACCACUAACGGAUCGAAUCUAUUUAACAAUCACGCAAGCCCUGACGAUGAAGCUGGGCGCUGCACCGGCUGGCCCUGCCGGUACAGGUAAAACGGAAACCACCAAAGAUCUGGCGAAGGCGAUGGCGCUGUUGUGCGUUGUGACCAACUGUGGCGAGGGUAUGGAUUUCCGCGCGGUCGGAACGGUAUUAUCAGGACUGUCCCAAUGCGGAGCUUGGGGUUGUUUCGACGAGUUCAAUCGAAUCGACAUUUCGGUGUUGAGCGUUAUCUCAACCCAGCUGCAAACAAUCCGCACAGCGCUGGUGGCCAACAUGAAAACAUUUUUGUUCGAAGGCUACGAAAUCAACUUGGACCCCAAGGUGGGCAUCUUCAUCACGAUGAAUCCCGGAUACGCCGGCCGAACGGAGCUACCCGAAUCGGUGAAGGCACUGUUUCGACCGGUCACCUGCAUCAUGCCGGACCUGGAGCUGAUCUGUUUGAUUUCACUUUUCUCCGACGGUUUUAUGCGUGCGAAGACGUUGGCGAAGAAGAUGACGGUCUUGUACAAACUGGCCCGGGAGCAACUGUCCAAGCAGUACCACUACGACUGGGGUUUGCGCUCGCUAAAUGCCGUGCUCCGUAUGGCUGGAGUGAACAAGCGCAAAUCACCGGAGAUUUCAGAAACCGCCACCCUGAUGCGAACGCUGUUCGACAUGAACUUUCCCAAGUUUGUGUUCGACGAUGUGCCGCUAUUCAUGGGAUUGAUGAAGGAUUUAUUCCCAGGUGUGGACUAUCCCCGCGUUGGCUACCCGGAGUUCACUGAGGAGGUGAGGAAUGUCCUCGAGGAGGACGGGUACAUCAUUCUGCAGAAUCAGGUGGAGAAGGUUAUACAAUUAUACGAAACAAUGAUGACGCGUCACUCAACCAUGAUUGUCGGCCCAACAAGUGGCGGCAAAACGGUUGUAAUAAAUACAUUGAUAAAGGCACAAACCAAUAUGGGCCUGCCAACCAAAUGCACAGUGCUGAAUCCGAAGGCCUGUUCCGUGGUGGAGCUGUACGGUUAUCUGGAUCCAAACACUCGCGACUGGAUCGAUGGGCUCUUCUCGAACAUAUUUCGCGAGAUGAACAAACCUACGGAACGGGAUGAACGUCGCUAUGUAUGCUUCGACGGCGAUGUAGAUGCACUCUGGAUCGAGAACAUGAACUCCGUCAUGGACGACAAUAAACUGUUGACGCUGGCCAAUGGCGAGCGCAUCCGCUUGAACAGUUAUUGUGCGUUGCUGUUCGAGGUGGGGGAUCUCGCUUACGCCUCACCAGCAACUGUAUCCCGCGCUGGGAUGGUAUACCUGGACCCUAAAAACCUUGGCUACAGCUGCUACUGGGACCGUUGGCUUCGAACCCGCUACGAUGAGGAGAAGGAAAUGCUUGGGAGAAUGUACGAAAAAAUCAUCCCGAGUGCAAUCGAUUACAUUCUCGAGGGGGUCGACGGGAACAACCAAGAGGAUCCUCUGAAACUGGUCAUCCCACAGACUAACCUCAACAUGGUCACCCAGCUGUGCUAUUUCUACGAAGCUAUGUUUCCAAAAACCACACCGAGUUGUCCCUUCGAGGAGGAUGUGAUAGAGUGUGGCUUCAUCCAGUGUGUGUACGCUUCACUGGGGGCCGCACUGCUGGAAGAAUCUCGGAUUAAGUUCGACGAUUUCAUGAAACGGAACUUGGAAAUGAUCAGUUACGAAGAUAACAUAAAUGCUCCGGCGAAAAUAGGUCAGCUGCCCACGCUGAAACCGACUCUGUACGAUUAUUUCUUUGAUUUUGAAAAAAAAGUUUGGCUUGCCUGGGAAUGGGUCGUCCCGAAGUAUGUUCACAAUCGAGAAGUUACCUUCAGUGAAAUUCUGGUACCGACCGUCGAUACCCUUCAAACGGGUUGGAUUUUGAAGUUGAUGAAUGAUAUCCGGCACCCUAUACUACUGGUUGGCGACACUGGCACCUCCAAAACCGCUGUAAUUUCAAAUUUCUUACGCCAGCUGAAUCGGGACACAUUUAUCAUACUCAACAUCAAUUUCUCCUCACGAACAUCUUCGAUGGACGUACAGAAAACGGUGGAGGCCGCGGUUGAUAAACGAACCAAGAACAUAUUUGGACCUCCGGUGGGGAAGAAAUUGGUUGCCUUUAUCGACGAUAUGAAUAUGCCUCAGGUUGACACUUACGGUACCCAGCAGCCCAUAGCCCUGCUCAAGCUGCUCUUCGAGCGGGAAGGAAUGUACGAUCGCAGCAGAGACUUGGGCUGGAAGAAUUUCAAGGAUAUGUCUUUCAUCGCCGCCAUGGGUCGAGCCGGUGGCGGACGCAACGAUGUCGAUCCUCGUUUUAUCUCGAAGUUCUCGGUAUGUAACAUCGUCUUCCCAAGUGACACCACCCUGCUCCACAUAUACACAUCCAUUCUGAGAGGUCAUCUGGAAACAUUCUCCGAAGAGCUGCAAACUACCGCCGAUGUAAUCGUUCAGAUGACACUGAACUUGUUCAAAACACUAGUCGUCAAACUACCCCCGACACCGUCCAAGUUCCACUACAUAUUCAACCUGAAAGAUCUCUCUCGAAUUUACGCCGGUAUGGUACAGAUUCAUCCCACGUACUUCAAGGAAGUUCGUCACCUGGUUCGGGUGUGGCGUAACGAGUUUCAUCGGGUCAUAUGCGACCGGCUGAUCAACACUCAGGACCAGGACCUAAUGGCGCAGCAUAUCGCCGAGGAAAUCAAUACGAAAUUCCCCCCACCGAAACCGGUCGGACGGAAGACAAUCAUGAUGGGAUCCGUCACAGAGAUACGCACCGAUUCGAAAGCACUGGCCGUUGAACUUCCAACUGCGGAGUAUGCCCUACGAGAUCCACUGUUAUUCGGAGACUACAGGAAUGCGGUUAAUCUGGCCGAAACAAGAUACUACGAGGAUCUGUUGGAUUACGAGGCUGUGUAUUUCCUGUUUCAGGAGAUUCUUCUCGAGUACAAUGAACAGAAGGCGAGGAUGAAUUUGGUUCUGUUCGAGGACUGCUUGGAGCACUUGACCCGGGUGCACAGGGCGCUUCGAAUGGAUCGAGGGCAUGUCAUGCUGGUUGGCGUGGGAGGAUCAGGAAAGCAGUGCAUUGCAAGUUUGGCUGCAUUUGCUGCAGAGUGUGAGGUUUUCCAAAUAGUUCUCAGCCGAGGAUACAAUGAGGCUGCAUUCCGGGAGGAUCUGAAGCUGCUUUUCACGAAUGUUGGCGUGAAGAACCAGAAAACAUGCUUUAUUUUCAAAGCAUCGCAGAUUGCGGAAGAGGGAUUUUUGGAGUUCAUAAAUAAUAUCCUAACCACUGGAAUGGUGCCAGCGUUGUUCACCGACGAAGAGAAGGAUACUAUAAUUGGCCAGUGCCGGGGAGCCGCGAAGGAAGCGGGCUUCGCUAUUUCCAAAGACGGCGUUUGGGCCUUCUUCCUGGAUCGGGCGAUCAAAAAUUUGCACGUCGUCCUGUGCAUGUCGCCGGAUGGUGAUGCGCUGCGAAACCGUUGCCGAAACUUCCCCGGACUGGUGGGCAGUACCACAAUCGAUUGGGUCUUCCCGUGGCCGGAACAAGCGCUGCAGGCCGUAGCCAAAGUUUUCCUGGCGGAUCAUGCGAAGAUUCCAGAUAUACUGAGAGAGCCAAUAAUUUCCCACAUCGUUCACGUGCAUCAAUCGCUGAAACAUUACACCCAGCAAUUUCUGCUGAAGCUGCGCCGGAAGAAUUUCGUUACGCCAAAGCAUUAUCUGGAUUUCAUCAACACAUACCUGAAAUUGAUUGAGGAGAAAGAUAAUUUCAUCAUGCAACAGUGCUCCCGAUUAUCGGAUGGAAUUGAGAAAAUUAAUGAAGCCUCACUUCAGAUUGAUCAGUUGAGCAUCAUCGUGGAGGAGCAACGGAAGAACGUCGUCGAGGCGGCCCUCCGAUGCGAGCAAAUGCUGGACGGCAUCGAAACGUCGACGGAAAAAGCCAACUCCAAAAAGGCGGAAGCCUCGGAGAAAUCUAUCGAGGUGGAGCAGCAGAAGAAGAUCAUCACCGUCGAGAAGGCCGAAGCAGAGGAGGCACUGGCCGCUGCACUGCCCGCUCUAGAGGUCGCACGGCUCGCGCUUUCCGAUCUGGACAAGUCCGACAUUACGGAAAUUCGCAGCUUCGCUACCCCACCAGAGCCAGUGCAGGUGGUUUGCGAGUGUGUGGCCAUCAUCAAGGGCUUCAAGGAAAUCUCCUGGAAAACCGCCAAAGGGAUGAUGUCCGAGGGUAACUUCUUGCGCAGCCUGCAGGAGCUAGACUGUGAUCAGAUUUCACAGAAACAGGUUGCCAACGUUAGGGCACACAUGAAGAAAUCCCAAAAACUGGACGACAUGCAAACUAUUUCCAAAGCCGGCUUUGGUCUGCUCAAGUUUGUUCGGGCGGUUCUUGGGUACUGCGAUGUGUACCGCGAGGUGAAACCCAAAAAAGAUCGUGUCGCAUUCCUGGAGGCAGAGCUCGACAGUCAAAUCAAGCUCCUGAACAAGCUGACCAAAGAGAUCAACAAGCUCGUUUCAGAGCUGGAUGAACUGAACAACAAGUACGCGACGGCCAUAAAGGAGAAGCAAAUGCUGCAGGAGAUGAUGGAGCAAGCCGAGCGGCGGCUGCUCGCGGCGGAUAAGCUUAUUUCCGGACUAAGCUCCGAGAGGGAUCGCUGGAAGGUAGAUUUGGAGAAUCUCCGAGAGGAUAAGACCAAGGUGGUGGGAACAUGUCUCCUGUCGGCAUCGUUCCUCGCCUACACGGGUCCGUUCUCGUGGGAAUUCCGCAACUCGAUAAUCUUCGACGAUUGGCUGCUGGAUGUUGAUGAACGGGAAAUUCCGUACGGACAGCCAUUCCGCAUCAACUCCAGUCUAAGCAGCGAUCUCGAAAUGGCUACAUGGGCUUCGGAGGGUCUUCCACCGGACGAGUUAUCGGUCCAGAACGGCAUUCUGACCACCAGGGCGUCUCGGUUUCCGCUUUGCAUCGAUCCCCAGCAGCAGGCACUGCAGUGGAUUGUUAAGCGCGAAACGCCGAACAUGUUGAAGAUAUUGACCUUCAACGAUAAGGAUUUCCUGAGGCAGCUGGAGAUGGCGAUCAAGUACGGUUCGCCGGUGCUGUUUAAGGAUGUGGAUGACUACAUCGAUCCCGUGAUCGACAAUAUUUUGGAGAAGAACAUCAAAAGCCAAGCCGGUCGGCAGUUCGUGCUGCUGGGGGACAAGGAGGUGGACGUGGAUUCCAACUUCCGCAUGUAUCUCACCACCAAGCUGGCGAAUCCAAACUUCGAUCCUGCCGUGUACGCUAAAGCCCUCAUCAUUAACUACACAGUGACGAUGAGCGGUCUCGAAGAUCAACUGCUGAGUGUGGUAGUCCGCGCGGAACGUCCCGACCUGGAGGAACGUCGCGAAAGCCUGAUCGCGGAAACAAGUGCAAACAAGGUACUGCUGAAAAACCUGGAAGAUUCUCUGCUGCGUGAGCUGGCUACUUCCACCGGGAACAUGCUGGACAAUGUGGAGCUGGUGAAUACCCUGGAAAAUACUAAAGAGAAGGCUGCUGAAGUUUCCCAGAAAAUCCAACUCGCCGAGGAGACCUCGGUUGACAUUGAACAUCUCCGCAACGAGUACCGUCUAGCGGCUCAACGUGGGGCAAUACUUUACUUCGUACUCUCGGAAAUGUCUGUCGUAAAUCCGAUGUACCAAUAUUCGUUAGGUUCCUAUCUGGAGGUGUUCGUAUACUCCUUGCGGAAGGCCGUCCCGGAUAACAUUCUUGCAAAGAGACUGGAUAAUAUCAUCAUAACAUUAACGCGUAAUGUGUACGAGUACGGUUGCAUUGGGUUCUUCGAGAAGCACAAGCUUCUUUUCUCCUUCCAAAUAACUGUAAAAUUAGAGCAAAGCAGGGGUAAUCUGAGUCAGGCGGAAGUUGAAUUUUUCAUUAAAGGUAAUAUUGCACUGGAGAAAGCGGAGCGAGCCUGUCCGGCCACGUGGAUUAGCGAUAAAGGAUGGCAAGAUGUGCUGCUGCUGGCUGAGAUUUUCCAGGAUAAAUUUGGAGAUCUGCCAUCUCAUGUGGAAAGAAACAUUGCUGAGUGGACGAGUUGGUACGAUUUGGAUGACAUUGAUGCCACAAACUAUCCUGGGAAUUUUGCCGAAAACAUGAACGCCUACGACCACCUCAUGCUUAUGCGUUGCUUCCGCGUAGACAGGGUUUACCGCCUAGUGAACAAUUUCGUGUCGACAAUCAUGGGAGAAGAGUUCAUAACCCCACCUAUACUAAGCUUCGAUUCAAUCUUCGAACAGUCGUCAGCUGUCACGCCUGUCGUCUUCAUUCUGAGCCCCGGUUCGGACCCUACCAGCGAUCUCAUGAAGCUAGCAGACCGAUGUGGCUUUAGUGGGCCCAAAUUUAGACACAUCUCACUCGGCCAGGGCCAGGAAAAGAAAGCCCUCGCGCUGCUCCAUCUAGCCAUCGAGCAGGGUCUGUGGUUAAUGCUCCAAAACGGCCACCUCCUGCUGGGCUUCAUCAAAACGCUGGAAAAACUGCUCGACUCUGUUCAAAAGCCUCAUCCGGACUUCCGCUUGUGGAUAACGACCGAGGCAACCCCAUCCUUUCCUAUCGGUAUACUACAAAAAUCGUUGAAAGUCGUUACCGAACCGCCGAACGGACUGAAAAUGAAUCUCCGAGCGACUUUCUUCAAACUGCGCCAGCAAACACUUGACGCGUGCACCCACCCGGCCUUCAAACCAUUAGCAUACGUUUUAGGGUUCUUCCAUGCCGUUCUGCAGGAACGAAGAAAAUACGGAAAGCUCGGCUGGAACAUUAGUUACGAUUUUAAUGAGUCCGACUUUAGCGUCUGCCUGCAGAUAAUGGAUACCUACCUAACGAAGGCACUCGGCCUCAACGAAACCCGACUGCCGUGGAACAGCUUGAAGUACCUGAUUGGGGAGGUAAUGUACGGGGGCCGUGUGAUCGACGACUUCGAUCGACGAGUCGUGAAAACCUACAUGGAUGAAUAUAUGGGCGACUUCCUGUUCGACACAUUUCAGCCCUUCCACUUCCACCAGGACGAAUCGGUGGACUACAAGCUGUUCGAGGCAGGAACGAGAGACGAGUUUAUAGCAUCCAUCGAAACGCUUCCGCUGACUAACACACCGGAUGUAUUUGGACUGCACUCGAAUGCAGAAAUUGGAUACUACUCGAUUGCGGUACGCGAAAUGUGGACCUAUUUAAUCGACCUGCAGCCCCAAACCACUCCCACAAAGAUGCUGAGUAUCGGUACUAAGGACGCUCCCGGUGCGGAAACCGGUGGCGUCAGCCGGGACGAGUUCAUCGACAAGGUAGCGGUCGAUAUACUGAAAAAGCUCCCGAAACAGUUCGAAAUCUGGCGUGUGAAGAAACAGUACCAGAUCAACAUAACGCCGGUGUGCGUGGUGCUGCUGCAGGAACUGGAACGCUUCAACCGGCUGCUGGGCCGGAUGGAGCGGACGCUGCAGCAGCUCCGCAAGGCCCUGGCCGGCGAGAUUGGCAUGGACGCCGUGCUGGACGGCAUCGCCUAUUCAUUAUUCAACGGACAGCUGCCGGACGACUGGCGGAACCUGGCUCCGGCCACCUGUAAACAGCUGGGCGACUGGAUCGAGCAUUUGCUGAGGAGGAAUCAGCAAUAUAAAUAUUGGUCAGUAUCUGGCGAGCCACUGGUGAUGUGGUUGUCGGGACUCCACAUACCGGAAAGUUAUUUAACCGCAUUAGUUCAGGUUGCCUGCCGGAAGAACAACUGGCCCCUGGAUCGUUCUACACUGUUUACAUCGGUAACCAAGUUCUUGAAGGAAGACGAAAUCGAGGAACGACCCGAGGCGGGCUGUUACGUGACCGGGCUGUAUCUCGAGGGCGCCCGCUGGGAUCCGACCAAUCGCUGUCUGGCACGUUCGACUCCAAAAGUUCUGGUGGAGCCAUUGCCGGUGCUAUCCGUCGUCCCGAUCGAGGCGCACCGUCUCAAAUUGCAAAAUACGUUUCGUACCCCUGUCUACACCACAUCCGAGCGACGCAACGCCAUGGGAGUUGGGUUGGUAUUCGAGGCGGACCUUCGCACCGAGGAGCAUCCCAGCCACUGGGUGUUGCAGAGUGUGUGUCUUAUAAUGAACAAAGACUGACCCAAUCGAUUGAUUUUUACUCUAGUGAUACGAUAUUGUUAAUAUUCGACUGUUCUAGUUUUAAAUAAAUUGUUACAACUUAAUUUUAUUGCUUUACUUCUCAAAAGCACAUAUCCGAGGAGAGUAACUACUAGAAAGAACCAUGGUGCGAAAGAUAGGGGAAAAGUUUGGAAGACCCGAGGAGUAGCUGAUGGCAAAAUGACAAAAUAUAAAACUAUUCGGACGGCAGCUGAUACAUCCAGGAGAGGUCAUCCUC